AUGGUGGUGGUAGCAAUAGUGAUAGAGGAGGAGAGUUGGGAGGCUGCGACACCACUGCAGGCUUUCCUGAAGUGGAGCUCAGCCAACGCUGACCCGUUUUCUAAUGAGUUACUAGUGUUGCUAAUAACAGUACUUGUAGUGGAAGGCAUUGCUGUGGCCCAGAAGACCCAAGAUGGGCAGAAUAUUGGAAUUAAACAUGUUCCAGCUACCCAGUGUGGAAUUUGGGUUCGAACCAGCAAUGGAGGUCAUUUUGCUUCUCCAAAUUAUCCUGAAUCAUACCCACCAAACAAGGAGUGUAUCUAUAUUUUGGAAGCGGCUCCACGUCAAAGAAUAGAACUGACCUUUGAUGAACAUUAUUAUAUAGAGCCUUCAUUUGAAUGUCGGUUUGAUCACUUGGAAAUUCGAGAUGGGCCAUUUGGUUUCUCUCCACUUAUAGAUCGUUACUGUGGUGUAAAAAGCCCUUCAUUAAUUAGAUCAACAGGCAGAUUUAUGUGGAUUAAGUUUAGUUCUGAUGAAGAACUAGAAGGACUGGGAUUUCGAGCAAAAUACUCUUUUAUUCCAGAUCCAGAUUUUACUUACCUAGGAGGUAUUUUAAAUCCCAUCCCAGAUUGCCAGUUUGAACUGUCAGGAGCUGAUGGAAUAGUACGCUCUAGUCAAGUAGAACAGGAAGACAAAACAAAACCUGGACAAGCAGUUGACUGCAUAUGGACAAUUAAAGCUACUCCAAAAGCCAAGAUUUAUCUGAGAUUCCUAGACUACCAAAUGGAACAUUCAAAUGAAUGCAAGAGAAACUUUGUUGCAGUGUAUGAUGGGAGCAGUUCUAUUGAAAACCUGAAGGCCAAGUUUUGCAGUACUGUAGCCAAUGAUGUAAUGCUUCAAACAGGAAUUGGAGUGAUUCGAAUGUGGGCUGAUGAAGGUAGCCGGCUUAGCAGGUUCAGAAUGCUGUUUACAUCAUUUGUGGAUCCUCCCUGCACAGGCAGCACUUUCUUUUGCCAUAGUAAUAUGUGCAUCAAUAAUUCUCUGGUCUGCAAUGGUGUUCAAAACUGUGCAUACCCUUGGGAUGAAAAUCAUUGUAAAGAGAAGAAAAAAGCAGGUCUAUUUGAACAGAUCACCAAAACACAUGGAACAAUCAUUGGCAUCACAUCAGGGAUUGUCUUGGUCCUUCUCAUUAUUUCUAUUUUAGUUCAAGUCAAGCAACCUCGAAAGAAGGUCAUGGCUUGCAAAACUGCUUUUAACAAAACGGGGUUCCAAGAAGCGUUUGAUCCUCCUCAUUAUGAACUGUUUUCGUUGAGGGACAAAGAGAUUUCUGCAGAUCUGGCUGACUUGUCAGAAGAACUAGAAAACUACCAGAAAAUGCGGCGUUCUUCCACUGCUUCCCGUUGCAUUCAUGAUCAUCAUUGUGGAUCCCAAGCCUCCAACGUGAAACAAAGCAGGACCAACCUCAGUUCCAUGGAACUUCCUUUCCGUAAUGAUUUCGCACAACCUCAGCCAAUGAAGACAUUCAAUAGCACCUUCAAAAAAAGUAGUUACACUUUCAAACAGUCACAUGAGUGUUCUGAACAGGCCAUAGAAGACAGAGUGAUGGAGGAGAUUCCCUGUGAAAUUUAUGUGAGAGGACGAGAGGAUUCUGCACAAGGGUCAAUGUCCAUUGACUUCUGAUCAUCUAGAGAUGAAGUUGAUACGCUAGUAUGUAUAUAUGCAGCAUACACAGCACACACACAGCACAUAUGUAUGUUUUUAAGCUUUUCGGCAGUCAGUACCUUUUCCCCCCUCAAAUUAGAAACAUCUUCAUUUGUCAUUAAUUAUUAUAAUGUUGGAGAUUUUAUUCCCUUGUGCUCCUUAACCAAUGUCAAAUCAGUUGGUGAACUUAGGAAAUUCAGUGAGGGUGGGGGAAACAGUCAUCUGUUGCUUAGUGUCAUAUAAAUAAAUAAUCAGUUAAAUAACUGAAUUCACUUUUUAAAUGGUUGUUCUGAAGUUGUGUAAACAUAGGCUUAUAAGCUACCUGUUAAGUUUUACUAAUGUAACUGAAGGUGUGCAUGGGAACAAUGACACUGACUUUUAAAAUCUACAGAUAUACCAACAAGUUUUGAUCAUUGAAUGAGUUUAAAAAUUAGGUUUCCAUCACAGUUUCACAUUCAUUCUCUUUUUCUUUCCACUAAGUAUUUUCAAGUCAAUGGUUUAACAUUUCAAUUACAUAAAGGUGAUUAUUUCACUGCAUAUAUUUUGAUAUGGGCAUUUGUUAUUGAAUUUUGUCAAAUUAAAACUAGAGUUACUGUGGUUCAGUGCCAGUUAUGACCCAGAGUUAUGUUGCAUCCAUUUGUUUCUUCUGAACUAAUUUCUAUACUGCUGUCUUUUAAUUACUGGUUCCCUUAGCCUGUGUUUUCUGAGAAGUAGGUGAAAUGGUUUAUUGCCUUUUAAGAGUAUUUUAUCUUAGUUACUUUAUUAUAAUAGAAGGUUUUAGAACCUUGAGAUAGAUGAGCCUUUGCAAAUUAUGUAUAGACACCUGAAAUUAAACAGGUCUUUGAAAUUCCCAACAUUGAGUCACAUUCAAUGUUUGGCCACCAAUGGAUGGCCCAUUAAUUUUGGUGAAGGGGAAAUUAUUGAAUUCAUUGUUGUGAUAUUUAUAGUCUUAUAAAUGUUUUUAAUUCUCCAAGCCUGUGCUCCUCA